ACUCGACUUCUUGGUUUUCCUUGCCUACCUUUGCAUUGACAGGAAUCAAAGUGUAAAUUCGGUCCCGCCAUCUACAGACCGUACACACAUCACAACCCAAGUUCUCUUAACUAAGUUGUAUUGCUUCUUCUUCAAACGACUAAUCGGCAAUUUCAUCAUGAAGGUUGUCAUUCUCUCCUGUCUUCUAGCUGCAGUUCUUGGGGCGGACUACGACGAAGAUAAAGCAGGUUUUGACGCUAACGACCUAGACGGUGAUGGGGUUGUACGGCCAGAGGAGCUGCUGACUUCCAUCGAACAAAACGACCUAAACAACGACGGAAUCAUAUCCAUUGAAGAAAUUGCAGCUACUCAGCUACCCGGGACUCCCGAGAUUGUAAUUCAGGGUACUUUCAACUACUACGACAAACUAGAUGGCGCUGCUGACGGCGUGAUCUCUCUGUCCGUUGCUCCUGUGCUGUUUCACAUCUUCGACGCUAACGGUGACGGUGAAAUCACACUUGAUGAAUGGUUUAUUACUCUUCCACAGGUAAACGAUGGCAUCCAAAACGAGAUUAUGGCCUUAUAUACAGCUUAACAGGCUGAUACAUGCAACACCUGACAGAGGAAGGGAGAUGAUGCUUCAGUAACUAUGGCUAUACAA